UUACUAAAGUUGGAAUAUUUAGUCCACGUGCCAGGUCCCCUGAAGAUGGUUUGCAUUUUAACGCAAACAGCUUCCUAAAUGCAGAGGAGUUACGGAUAACACUGCGUCUGUAUGUGGAUGAUUUUGAGACCUGCAAUCCCCUAGGCACCUCUAGGAAAAAACACAAGCUUUGUGGUGUUUACUGGAUACUAGGUAACCUGCCACCAGGCUCCCACUCAUCUUUAUCAUCUAUUUAUCUUGCAGUGCUUUGCAAAAGUGUUGAUGUAAAAACAUAUGGUUAUGAAACAGUCUUGGAACCCCUUCUUCAAGAUAUUAAAAUUCUCGAGGACUAUGGUGUGUAUGUGCCUUUAUUAGGUAAGUCUCUUAAAGGUACAGUACUGAGUAUUGUGGCUGACAACCUGGGCGCGCAUGGUAUUGCAGGGUUCAUAGAAAAUUUUUCUGGUGAUUACGUUUGUCGCUUUUGCACAGCAAAGAGUUGUGAUUUCAGGAAUCAGUGUGUUGCUACCGGUGCUUUCAGCCUUAGAACUAGAGCUGGCCAUGCAGAUCAUGUAAAAUCAUCUUGUGAGAAGGGUACACAUUGCUUUGGAGUUAAGAGAGAGUGCAUUUUUACCAAAACUCUGUCUCAUUUUCAUGUUGUCUCCGGUUUUCCGCCUGAUGUUGCUCAUGAUAUAUUUGAGGGCAUUGUGCCUGUUGAGCUGGCCCACUGCUUGGCAUUAAUGAUAUCAAAGAAGUUAUUUACAUUAGAUGAACUAAAUAGAGCUAUACUGACUUUCCCCUAUAAAUGGUCCGACAAAACAAACAAGCCACAUAUUGUACCACAAAGUUUCUUGGGUCGGAAAACUAUCGGUGGCAACGCUCAUGAAAACUGGAGCCUACUGAGGCUGCUCCCAUUUGUGAUAGGUCCCCUUGUCCCAGAAAAUGAGCCAGCAUGGCUUGUGUUGAUGGAUUUAAAAGAUAUUGUGCAGUUAGUUGUUGCUCCUGUGCAUACAGAUGAAUCCAUCUCAUACCUUGAAAGCAAAAUUGUUGAGCACAGACAGAGGUACCAAGACCUGUUCCCUGGUGUCAGACUUCUACCCAAACACCACUAUGUAGAACACUACCCGCAGAUGAUAAGGUGUUUUGGCCCUCUAGUCACAGUUUGGACAAUGAGAUUUGAAGCCAAACAUAGUUUCUUUAAGAACAUUGUUAAACACACAAGUUGCUUUAAGAAUGUACCACUGACUUUGGCUUCAAAACAUCAAAUGAUGAUUGCAUUUCACCUAAACUCACCGUCUUAUGGUAAAUCUUGCCUAGAUGUAUCUACUGUCUCCACAGUUCCAGUUGAUGUACUGAAGGAGGAAGUAGCUGAGGCUAUAAAGCUAAAAUGCCCUAGCACAUCUGAAGUGCAUCUUGCUAAGAAUGCAUCAAGCAAUGGCAUAGCCUACAGCAAUGGCAUGAUAGUUGCCCAUGGAUCAGUAGGUGGAUUACCAGAGUUUGCUGAAAUUAGUCAGAUGUGUGUAAUAAAUGAGAUGUUGUUCCUCAUUGUGAAAGUGCUGUGUGGGUGGUACACUGAACACUACAGAGCCUUUGAGCUAAGCUUGUCACCAUCCAGAGAAGUAAAACUUGUGGCACUCAGUGAACUCACUGACCCCUAUCCACUGGCCUCUUACACUGUUGGAUCAAGUCAUAUGGUAACCUUAAAAAGGCAGAUUAUCAUAAAAGGUUGGUUAACCACCAAAAUGGUGAUUAAUAGUAGGACUGAACAGUUAAUUGCAAUAAGAUAUUUUCAGUCCAAAGUAAUUGCUCUUUUUUUACACACGUAUAUUUGGUGA